AUGCAGGGCGAGAUAUCCGCACUUGAGAAUGCUGGCAGGCUUCCAGCAUCAGCAUACGAGGGCUCAACCAUGUACACAACCCUUUCGCCUUGCGACAUGUGUACUGGCGCCUGCAUCUUGUACAAGGUGAAGCGAGUUGUUAUGGGCGAGAACAACACCUUUGUCGGUGGCGAAGAUCACCUGAAGUCCAAGGGCAUCGAGGUCAUCAACGUUAAGAGUGCCGACUGCGAGGCGUUGAUGAAGAAAUUCAUCGCUGAAAACCCGGCUUCUUGGAACGAAGACAUUGGCGAGCCGUAA